AUGGAAGAACCACCCCCAAGAUAUUCUCUCCUUGAGGCUAUUGGUUGGUCAAAAGAAGGAGCAAGCGUCAAAGAUGAUGGCCGUAUUGAGGUCGAUCUUGAUUCUUCCCUGUGUAAGACUGUUGCAAAAUUAAUUCCCCAUUCGCACGAACACCCUGAUUCCGAAACGGCUGCACCAUUACCUUUCGAUUGUGACAUUCAGCUCAACGUCGUUAUCCAAGUCGUCGGAAGUCGGGGAGACGUUCAACCCUUUAUUGCGCUCGGGAAUGAACUUCAGAAACAUGGCCACCGUGUGCGAAUCGCAACGCAUGGAGUUUUCAAGUCCUUCGUUCGUGACUCGGGUUUAGAGUUUUAUCCUAUCGGCGGAGACCCCUCGGAGCUUAUGGCCUACAUGGUGAAGAACCCGGGACUGAUUCCCCAGAUGAAAAGCCUGCGAGAUGGAGAAAUCCAGCGUAAACGCAGUAUGGUCGCUGAAAUGCUUCGGGGAUGUUGGCAUUCCUGCAUUGAUGAUGACCAAGAAAGCGACGAGCCCUUUGUGGCGGAUGCGAUUAUUGCUAAUCCCCCGAGUUUUGCCCACAUUCACUGUGCACAGGCUUUGUCUAUUCCAUUGCAUCUGAUGUUCACAAUGCCGUGGAGUAGUACGAGAUCUUUCCCGCAUCCUCUGGCAAAUUUGAAAUAUUCGACAACUGAACCAAAAAUGGCCAACUAUAUCUCCUAUAGCGUUGUCGAAUGGAUGACGUGGCAAGGUCUUGGCGAUAUCAUUAAUGAGUGGAGAGCGUCACUCGAUUUAGAACCGAUCCCGGUUACGGAGGGUCCUAAUCUAGCAGAGACCCUAAAAGUGCCUUUUACAUACUGCUGGUCUCCGAGCCUUAUGCCAAAACCAUCAGAUUGGCCAUCACAUAUUGAUGUCUGUGGUUUCUUCUUCCGGUCCGUUCCAGAUUAUUCGCCGCCGGCUGAUCUCGAAUCAUUUCUUCGACGUGGGAGUCGCCCAGUGUACAUUGGCUUUGGUAGCAUCGUUAUAGACGAGCCGGCUGCAAUGACAUCUAUGCUUCUAGACGCCAUCAAGUCACUAGGUGUUCGCGCAAUCAUAUCUCGUGGCUGGAGUAAGCUGGGCGGCGAGAACGCCUGCUCAGACGAUCAAGUCUUUUAUCUUGACGAUUGCCCGCAUGAAUGGCUAUUUCAACGUGUUGAUGCAGUUGUUCACCACGGCGGUGCAGGAACCACAGCAUGUGGUCUGCGUUUUGGAAGAUCUACUGUUAUCAUACCCUUCUUUGGAGAUCAACUAUUCUGGGGAAACAUGGUUGCAUCUCGGGGGCUAGGACCAAAGCCUAUCCCUUACAAAUCUUUAUAUGCUCAAAAUCUAGCCGAAGCUAUCCAGUUCUGUCUACAGCCAGACGCACAGUUGGCUGCACUAGAUGUCGCAAACCAGAUGGUCCAUGAGGACGGGGUUUCUCAGGCAGUCGCCUCCUUUCAUCGCAACCUCCCACUUGAUAAGAUGAGAUGUCAGCUUCUUCCCUCAGAACCAGCAGUGUGGCGGUUCAGGAAAUCAUCUAAAACUUCUCUUUCCUUGUCAAAGGUUGCCGCGGGAGUCUUGGUCGAAUACUCCCGCAUCAAGCUAAGCGAUCUUCACCUCCACGAAGUGAACCCAAUACAUAUCCAGAAUCGACGGUGGGAUCCGGUGACAGGAAUCACUUCCUCACUCCUGGGUACCGCCACCGAUGUUCUCCAGGCAUCAGGCGAUAUCUUCUAUCGUCCGUAUCAAGAACUUCGCCGCGUUCCUCACUCAAACUAUGAACAUUCUGACUCUAGGACUUCGAGCAUAACAUCUUUAACGGCCAAUUCCGUGAACUCUCAUGAAGGCAAAAAAGACUCGAAAUUGAAAAUGACUGGAUCGACACUGAAAGGAUCAGCGAAGAGUGCCGGAAGGAUGGUUGGCUUUUGGUACAAAGGAAUGUUGGUAGAUAUGCCUUUAGCAGUCAGUGACGGACUAAGAGCUGUGCCACGUCUUUAUGGUGAUGAGGUGAAGGAUCACGGGAAUAUCCGAGAUUGGAAAUCAGGAGCUACCUUUGCCGGCAAAAGCUUCGUUCACGGCAUGGCGGAAGGACUAACGGACAUCUUUUCUCAGCCUUACAAAGGCGGGCAGAAAGAGGGGGCAAAGGGUGUCAUUAAAGGUCUCGCCAAGGGAACUCUUGGGACUACCACCAAGGUGUCCUCAGCGGCACUGGGUUUGAUAGCAUAUCCAGCGCAUGGUAUGAUGAAAAGUCUGUAUACGGCAACACAUUGUAAAACGCGGAAACACAUCAUACAGGCGAGAGCCAAAGAAGGAAAGUAUCUGGUUGAUUCACCGAAGGGAGAGAUUCAUCGCCAGUCUAUCCUUCGGAAAUUCGAGGCUCAUCAACGGCAACCUAUUGAUCCACAUGGCUCAUCGUCCAAUUGA